AUGGAAGCCCGACCAGCGUUAAGCUUUUUGAAUGAGGACAAGACGGGAACUAUACAGCCACACGAUGAUGCUUUAAUGAUCACCCUCAAGAUAGGAGGGUAUGAUGUGAAGAAGGUGAUGGUGGACCAAGGCAGUGGGGCAGAGAUCAUGUAUCCUGACUUAUACAAAUGGCUAAACUUGAUGCCCGAGGACUUAACAGCCUAUGAUUCACCUUUGGUAACCUUUGAUAGAAAAGUUGUCAUUCCAAAAGGUCAAAUUAGACUACCCGUUCAAGCAGGGUCGGAAGUGAUGGAGGUGGAUUUUAUUGUGGUGGAUGCCUACUCUUCCUACAUAGCUAUCGUGGCAAGACCCUGGCCUUAUGCCCUAGGAGCUGUUUCCUCCACUCUGCAUCAGAAGGUGAAAUAUCUGUCUGGGGACCGGAUUGAGGAGCUGGUUGGGAGCCAGUCUGCUGCGAGGCAGUGCUUGAUCGCCGCGAUAAGGCAUAAGCUAGGAGUGGAGCCCUUGGCCUCUACGGAUGGGGGCUUAUAG